AUGUCAUUCGACGCCUCCGCCUCAUUAACGAUCUCCGAUCCAAAUGCGCGCGCGCUCAGCUCCUCAUGUUUCGACUUCCUCCUUAUAGAAUUGGUACCCAUGGCCGAACGCCUAGCAAAACAACUGUCGACAUCAACAGAAGAGGCCGAACCAGAAGACGAGGAGGUUAGAGAAGCAACUUAUUUCCGCCUGGAUGCUUUGGGCUAUCGUGUUGGGCAGGGUUUGGCAGAGAGGUUCUCGCGAGAUCGGCCCCGAUUCACGGAUAACCUCGAUGUCAUCAAAUUCCUGUGCAAGGAUUUAUGGACCGUUCUGUUCAGAAAGCAGAUUGAUAAUUUGAAAACGAACCACCGAGGCGUAUACGUCUUGACGGAUAGUGCAUUCCGACCCUUUGCGAGAAUGAGUAUGGCUGCGCGCGGUGAUGCGGUUUCAAUGGCUCAGGCGUAUCUCUGGUUCCCCUGCGGAGUCAUUCGAGGCGCAUUGGCCAAUCUCGGAAUCAAUACUACUGUGCAAGCGGAGACUUCUGAAUUGCCUGGGGCUACGUUUCAGAUUAAGACGGUUCAGGCGAGGCCUUGA